AACGCCCCGCCAGUUUCCCUCUGAACGCCGAUCGGUCCGCGCGCUUGUUACUCAGUACGCUUUCACCUCACGACAACGUGUUCAAGGCAGAGAGCUGUUUCGACACGGCAUUCGGUUGCGAAAGUCUCGCGAUGAUAUACAAGUGAGAGCUGACAUCGAACGUCAGGGUAACGCUCAUCGUGCACGGUGAGCCAGUUUAUUCACGAGAGACAUUCGAAACGCGCCAGCUGUGAGGUACGGGGGGCGCGCGACGCCGUCGGUUCGUACACGCGGGAAUAACAUUUACCCACGGUUACUUGCUGCAAGUCCUAAGAAAACCAAUUUUUAAUGUGUCAAGUCAGUAUAGCUUAUUGCUGCUACGUCAGAUCGGAGAGCGCCUCGAGCAGGAACUACAAGGUUAUGCAAAUGAGUUCUGAACGAUUCUAUACCAGGGGUAAUCAAAAGACCAUUCACAACUUUAAUAAACUUUAAUGUUUUCGUGUUCCGUUCAGUUUUUUUAGUGCUUAUCUGUUUCCAACUGUUUUCCAACCUUUUUUUUAUCUUUCGGAGCCACGAUCGCUAAUUGCUAAUUACUGUGGAAAACGAGUGAUAACAAGUCGGAGUGGUGUUUGAGGAGUGCGGUACAACCAGCUGUCAGAGCUAAUUCAGCCGGUGACUACAAUGGCGGCCAAGCAGGAGGAAACUCUGCUCUCCCGCUGCGAGAUUCCCAUCAUAGACCUAGCGCACAUAGGUACAGAUGUGUGUCCUAUGAAAUCAGUGGUGCGUCGUAUCGGUCAACAACUUUUUACGGCGCUCAGCACUAAAGGACUCGCUGUACUUGUCAACCACGGCAUUGCCGAUGAAAAGCUGAAAUCAGUCUAUGGAGACCUCGACAAUUUCUGUGCACUUCCCGAGGGCUGUCAAGCGCAAUAUCUUCGUAACCCUGUCAGCAACCAUGGCUAUGUUCGUCCUGGCAUGGACCAGUUCGACAAUACUAAAACGGAGCUGCGUCAUUCGUUCAACAUCACGACCCUGAAUGCCGCAUCGAUGCCGGCACAAGAGGAAGUUCCCGAAUUUACGAAGCACGCCGUACCUCUUGCCCAAGACCUGACGAAACUGUCGCGCGUGCUACUGCAAGCUCUCGCUUAUGCUCUCGGAGUACCUCCAGGCACCUUCUUGGACUGUCACUCGGGUAUGAUGCAGGGCGAUGGGCGUAAUCCUUCGAUCAUGCGUCUGUUGUACUACCCGCCUGUCCCACCUGAAGACGAGGGUCCUUGCUGCCAAAGUGAUGUGGUACAUUACACACGCUGUGGCGCUCAUGCCGAUUACGGAACCUUCACGCUGAUCGCACAGGAUUCUGAAGGCGGACUCGAGGUUAAGCUGAAUGGUAGCGAGAAGUGGCAAGCCGUUGGUCAUCUCCCUGGUGCCAUUCUUGUUCAGACCGGGGAGUUCUUAGCUGCAUGGACUGCAAAUCUUCUGCCCGCUUUGGUUCACCGUGUAGUCGUGCCGGCGGGAUCGUACGCGCGCGCCCGCAGCCGCCAUUGCGUGGCGUUCUUCUGUCACCCGGACAACGACGCAGUGCUGCCGGCGUUACCGAUCCGCGCGGCGCCGGUGCCCGCCCCUCCCGCCUUCACCCCGCACCCGCACCUCACCCUGCACCACCGUCUGCUCAACGCGGCCCAUCACAUCCAGAAACGUUUCAAGGAGACAUACGCGUGACUAGUGCAAACGAACGACGAUGAACACGGACCGAAAACGCCGCUGUCUCGUCGUCACACCGCACCUUGACAUGCGACUGUGUUGCCAUUUUAUCGAUUGUUUCUACUUAAUACCAAUUUAUUAACGAUUACAAGAAAAAAAAACUUCAGGUAGAUAAUUAAUAUAUAUUCCCAUAUUUUAUACUGCCGCCAUAUAUUACGUAUACGUAAAUAACGGAUACCUUUCUACAUAUAUUUUAAAAAAAGUCUUCCCCCUACUGUGUUCAAACUAAGAAUUUAUAAAAAUAACAACACAUACCUCGACAAUUAGAUUAACUGGUAAUUAAGUGCCUAUUAAGCUUUACAUAAAGGGUUUUGCUUUCUUACAUAUUUUUAUAUUAAAAUUUACAAUUUAUCACAGUCGGGUGUGGGUGUUUAAAAUUUAAAUAAAUUUGUUUUUAUAUACUACUUAGCCCAAUCAGCAUUUAUAUAACAUUCGAGCAUGCAUUUUUAAACUUUCCCAAAUAAAAAGAUACUAUAUAUUUCUGGGUUAUAAAUCAGAACAGAAGACUAUAGUUAUUUCAAAAAAUAAUAUAUACUACAUUAGCAUUCCCGAGUAAUUGGCAUUUAAAAGUUAAGGAUAUCGUACUUACUUGUUUGUAUUAAUUGUGUAGUUUUUGCUUCAAAGCUUUUUAUUUUUAAAAUUACACACUAAUAAAUUUUUAAGUGCCUACAAAAAAACGUAACCAAAUCAUGUAGAGGUAACAGAAUGUAAAGUUUACUUGCAAUUCAUAAUUAUUUUACGAUGACAUGAUAUUACGAAAUCCAAUAUGGCACCCGAGCUUGCCAAGAUAAUGUUUUUUUUUUUUUUUAUAAUGACUCAAGAAAUGACGUCAUAUUAUUAUGUACGUAAUGAUAUUGAAAAAUGGAUUAAAUUUUAUGGUUUGUCACUUUAUAAAUCGAUUUCUAUUAUCGAUAUGAUAUUGAUAGAGUUUAGGUAGGCAAUUAAAAAAUGUUCGUGUGUAAUACUAAAGUGAUGUCGCGAUAGUUAUCAAAAAAUAGACGUUACUUAACGAAAAUCUGAACCGCAAGAAACUUAGAAGAUUAGCUUGAGUGCAUACAAGUUUAGAACAACAUACGGAGGGUCUGUCUGCGGAGUAACAACAGCGCUGGGUAGAAAAUCUUGACCGAUGACGGUACAAUUAGCGAUUAGCGACGUGAAAGCAUAUUACAUUAAUUCAUUAAUAUCCUGCUUCAAGUAUGUCGUGUUGGUCGUUCUCUCAUGUCUUUCUCUUGUUGUUUUUGUAUUUGCAUUUUGCUAUGCACAAAAUAUAUUGAUGUCUUUACUAGUAUCUUCGAAACUGUCAACUGUUUUUCACGGCUACUUAUUGCGUUAUUAUAUUGUAAUUGUGUGAUAAUUUUAGCUCAAUUUUUAACUGUACUUAAGUAUACGAAUAUUUGAACAUCGAAGUCUGUGCAAGACGAGAUGAUAUAAAAAUGUUUAUUAGUUAAAAUGUAACGAUUUUCAGUAUGUACUUAGAUUUUCAUGUGCGAAUAAUUUUUGAGUACUUACGUUGCGUCUAGAUUUAAAUGAAAAUUUUUAUAUACUAUCUUUAUUAGCUUUAUGUGACAAAUGUAUUGAAUCAGAAAUAUAUCAAACUACUUAAAUUAUAUUUCAUGGUUAUUAAAAUAAUUUCAAUUCCAUGCUGGCUGUAACUACAUCAAUGUGAAUUUUACUCAUAGAUAUUUCUAUAAUAUUCGAACAAAGUUUUCAUGACAUCCGAAUUGAGUUUGACAGAAUAUAUAUUAGACUAUUAAACUAUGAAAGUAUUAGUUAGAAAAAAAAAACUGGAGCUAAUUUCGAAGAACCCUUUUGCUGUUGCUAGCCAAUUUGUGUUCAAUCAACAAGUUUUGCAAUUAUUGGAAAAAAAAUACAACACUAAACUACCCUAUAUUUGGACUUUCUUCUUUCUGUGUCAAACGUAAAACGAAUGCCCGACAUUCAUGAUGGAUUCGAGUAUAAUUAAUUCAGUUUUAAAGUAAUUACAAAAAAAAAAUCGCUCAAGUUCUUAACAUAAACAUUUCUUGGAUUUAUCAUAAAUGCGAAUUCUGAAUCUAUGAAUUAGAUUGAAGAGGAAAGUGUCUUGAUUAACAUUCGCAUUAUGUAGUUAUAGCACAGAUGCAUAAUUACGUAGAAUUAUU